CAGCGCCGCUACGGCUCCCCAGGCGCACUUAUCCCCGCAGAAACACUCCCCUGCCUCUCAGUCUCUCCUCGACCCCUCGUAUAACUAACAGGUCGCUUCAAGCCUCUCACACUCACUGCACGAACCACUGGACACACAGCACACCACGCUCCACCACCCCGCUCUAGCUUCAGAUGGGGGUUAAGAAGGCGAACGCGGCCGACGAUGCCAAGGGCGCGAUCACGGCCGCGGCCAGCGGCGUGACGGCGAGCGCCAUCGCCGAAUCGUACAACGACCAGAUCCGCCCGCUGCUCGACGCGGUGGACCGGCUGCGCCACCUCAAGGUGACCCAGGAGGGCAUCCAGCUGCCCACCAUCGUCGUCGUCGGCGACCAGUCCAGCGGCAAAUCCAGCGUGCUCGAGUCGCUGGCCGGCAUCAGCCUGCCGCGCGGGCAGGGCAUCUGCACGCGCGUGCCACUCGUCAUGCGCCUCCAGGACGACCCCUACGCCGACUCGCCCAAGCUACAGCUCGAGUACAGCAACGGCCGCGUGGUGGCCACCACCGAGGCCAAGGUCGCCGACGCCAUCAACGCCGCGACCGCGGAGAUCGCCGGGAGCGGCAAGGGCAUCUCCGACGCGCCAAUCACCCUCGUCGUGCGGAAGCGUGGCGUACCGGACCUCACCCUCGUUGACCUCCCCGGCAUCACGCGCGUGCCCGUGCAGGGACAGCCCGAGGACAUCUACGAUCAGAUCGCCAAGAUCAUAAAGGAGUACAUUGCUCCGAAAGAAAGCAUCAUCCUGAACGUGCUCUCGGCCACAGUAGACUUCCCGACGUGCGAGUCCAUCCGCAUGUCUCAGCAAGUGGACCGCACCGGCGAGCGCACGCUCGCUGUGGUCACCAAGGUCGACAAGGCCCCCGAGGGCCUGCUUGAGAAAGUCACCAUGGACGACGUGCACAUCGGCCUCGGUUACGUCUGCGUUCGCAACCGCAUCGGCGACGAGACGUACGACCAGGCGCGCGUUGAGGAGGAGCGGCUGUUCAAGUACCACCCCUUGCUUUCGAAGAUUGACAAGUCCAUGGUCGGCAUCCCAGUCCUCGCGCAGCGUCUUAUGCAGAUACAAUCUGCCAUCAUCGCCAAGUGCCUCCCCGACAUCGUCAAGCAGAUCAACGAUCGCCUCAGCCGCAGCAGCGCCGAGCUCGACCAGAUGCCACAGGAUCUCAACAACGUUGUUGACGCGGUCAGAGUCUUCUUCCACAUCGUCAAGCAGGUCUGCACUUCGCUGGAGAAGGUACUGGUGAGGGGAGACUUUGACGUGUACCCUGAAGAACGCGAGUUCCAUGGCACGGCGCGCAUCGCGGAGAUGCUGAGCGGAUACGCAAAGAAGCUGCCUGAACAAUGCCCAAGGAGCAGAGGCGAGCUGUUCCUGAUGGAGGAGGUGCGCAUACUGGAAGAGACUAAGGGCAUCAAUCUCCCCAACUUCCUGCCAAGAUCGGCAUUCCUGGUCAUGCUUAAGAAGAAGGUUGAGACAGUCGAUCAAGUGCCUCAAGACCUUGUCAAUGGUGUCUGGGAGUACGUCGAGGACCUGGUGAUGAAGAUUGUGCUGAAACACUCAGAUAACUUCCCGCAGAUGCAGUCGUCGUGCCGCCGCGCCGUCCAGAGCCUGAUGGACAAGGCGCGGGCGCGCUCGGCGCAGCACGUCAAGGAGCUUAUGGAGAUGGAGCUGGUGGCGGACUUCACGGCGAACCCGGACUACAUGAAGACAUGGGCGGACAUCAUGGUAGGUUUCGAGGAGUUCAUGAAGGCUGUGGAGGACCAUUCAAAGCCGACGAGGAUCACCCUGGUAGGCUUUGGCGAGGUCGACGUGUCGCAUCUGAGGGUGCAUGCCGACUUAGCAGAGAAGGCGUUCGACCUGAGGGCGCGGCUGACCGCGUACUGGAAGAGCAUCGUUCUGAGGCUCGUGGAUGGUCUGGCGCUGCACGUCCUUCGCGCCGUCAAGCUGCUCGUGGAGAAAGACCUCGAGGAGGAGCUCGGGAACGAGCUGCUGGGCAACAAGUUCGCCGGGGUGGAGAGGAUGCUCACGCCGUCUCCGAGCACGGGAACGAAGCGUGAGCGCCUCAAGAAGAGCAUCGUCCUUCUUCGGCAAUCCAAGGAGGUUGUUGCCAACAUCAUGGACAAGAUUAGCGCGGCGGGUGAAGUCUAG